GAUUGCUGUAACCAGCGUUUUGCAGUCAGACUUAAGCAAGUCGGAAGGAUUCAUAGGCUCUAUACGGAACAUUAUUACUGAGAGAGGGGACAGAAUUCGUCGGUUUGGACCACACUAGCUGGGAGGAAUUUCAGCCGACAUGUCGACAAUAAGACUACCAGCUGCUCUGGUUAUUGUUCUCUUUCUCCCCGCGAGCUCUGCUUCAGGCUCCUAUCCCCGAGCACAGAAUGUCACCUGGAAAUCCACCAACUUUAAAACUAUUUUGACCUGGGAGCCCAAACCAUCAGCUGAUUACUCCUACACAGUGGAGUUCUUUGCGGUUGGUGGAGACAAACAGAGGAACGCUCACUGUAUCCGGUCCUCAGCGACAGUGUGUGAUCUGUCCAGCUCUCUAACUGACCUGAAUGCCUGCUAUACAGCUGAUGUCCUGUCUGAGCCCCCACUGGGAGCCACCUCUGACCUCAUCGAGUUCCCUCACACCAGCUCACCACGAUUCUGCCCCUACAAAGACAGUGAAAUAGGCAAACCUGACUUUAAGCUGGAGGUAAGUGAAGACAAAAAGAAGACUACCCUGUACGUGACUGACCCACUCACAGCUGUAUUUAAAGGCGGUCGCCAGCUGAACAUAAGGGAUAUCUUCUCUGACAAGCUGCAGUAUAUGGUCACCUAUCGGAAAAAUAAGAGCACUGGCAAGAAAACGCACAUCUCUAAGACCAAUGUGAUAGCGCUGACUAAUCUGGACCGAGGGGAGAGCUACUGCUUCAACAUCCAAGCCUACAUUCCCAGCCGUGGCACCAACAAGCAGUGGGGAGAGCUGAGCCAGACCCAGUGCUCCAAUGAUGACAACAAAUCCAUCUUUGAAGUAUAUUCGGUGGGUGUAAUCGCUGCUGCCAUCUUCCUCAUCCUGCUGCUGAUAGGCCUCAUCAUCACAGUCACAGUGGUCUGCUGCAAGCGCAGGAAGAAAGCUCUGAAAAGUGGAAAAGAAGGAGUGCCACUGAGGGAUGUAUAGAGUGUGUGUACCAUCACACACAUACACUGUAGGAACACGUGGUACAGCUGAACUGGACUCAAAGUCCAACAUUCCACUGUCAAACAUUGGAAUCAAUCCUUCCUUUAGUUUCUGUGAAACUGUGUCUGAAUAUGUCAGACAUUAUUUCAUUCUUUCUUUAUCAUGUUAUGCUGCAGAAAAACACUGAACACUCCUACUAUACACUGGUCAUACUGAUGAAGCUGUAAUAUUCCAUUUCCUGUCUUUUAUAUUUGGUGAGGGGUACUUCUGAUAAGUGUAGAUAAACACAACAGAUUUUAUUUAUUUCAUUUUAUAGUGUAUUUUCUGUCAUAGAGAGGAUUUUUGGGAUACUGGUAAAACACUUUAUGGGAAAUCAAGGUCUGGUAUCUACUAUUUUUGUAUCUUAUGCUUAAUUUAUUGUGUUUAAUUGAAAUUAACAUGUUUGCGUAUGUCAUUUAGCUGUUUUAUACUUCACAUUGUUGUAGAUCACUUUAUUAACUGGUGAAUUGUUGAAAAAGUAAUAAAAUAUUUCAAAGAA